CUCAUCAUGUGACCCGCCGCCGAUGUCACAAAUGUGUACAGGUCGCGACCCCGAGGAGCCCCUCGCUCCGGCCCAGGCUCCGGUGGCAGCGACGCCGAUCCUUGCAUGCCUUGGACAUCAGACCCGAGCAAACAAAGCAAAUCGUGGGAAGGAGUCUCUCUGGGCCGAGGGAGUUGGCAGAGGAGCCAUGUUGGGACCUUAAGGCAGCAAGGAUUGCGGAAUUUCGACCUCCUCAGUUCAGAAUUAUUUUCAAAUCCGGGAUUUCAUUCCAAACGGUCCCCUCUCACUCUUUUGAACAUGAACAGGGUCCGGGCUGCAUUCAGGGCCCACCCGUACAUCAGCAACGUGGUCGGCUACACGGCGCUGUUCUCCUGCGCCGACCUUUUCCAGCAGCGCGUGUUGCGCCGCCGAGACCGCUCCGCCGACGUGGACUGGCGCCAGACAGCCCGCGUGGCCACCGUGGGCUUCUGUUUCCACGCCAACUUUAACUACCAAUGGCUGCGCUGGCUGGAAAGGGUGCUGCCCGGGGGCGGGGUCAAGGCGGUGACGGGCAAGGUGGUGGUGGAUCAGCUGGUGGCCGCCCCGCUCACCAUCAGCGCCUUUUAUAUUGGUUUGAAUUUCCUUGAAAACAAAGAUAAUCUUUUUCAAGAUUGGAAAGAAAAAUUCUGGACGUCUUACAAGACCGGUGUGGUGUUCUGGUCGACAAUGCAGGCUGUGAACUUUUCCCUGGUCCCCCCCAUGGCUCGGACGGUGUUCCUUGGCGGAGUCGCCCUCGUGUUCACCAUUUUCCUGUGUCACCUCCGACAGCAGGACCACAAACUGGAAUGAAUUUUCGCCAACUUUUGUACUCAAUGGCCAUCUACGGCACUGUUGUCAUUUUUUUUUUCUUCAAGAUUUUAAUAGCGUGUCGAAUUAAAUUUCAGACCAUGCUAAUCAGAAUUCUAAUGAGAUUGUCACCUGUGAUUAAAGCCCAGUUUUAAUUGUCAUAUGGGUCGUUUACCAUUGAUGAUUUCUUCUAUUUUGUUGGUGCUGCAUAGAUGAAUUUGAAAGUGUAUUAUCAGAAGCUGUUGUAAACGAUAAG